GCAGAUUGUCAAGCGACCAAGAAAUAAUGAUGAGGCCGGUAGCAGCCAAGGGGCGGCAGCUAUGGCAGGGAUGAGGGAAGCAGCACAAACUGGACAAUACCAGGUCUAGUUCAAGGAUGACAUCCAGGAAGCUAAGUAUUGGGAGUCAUACCUAAGGUUGUUGGCACCAUUUUAUACCCAGUGGCAGCUCCUUUGGAGAAAGAGGAGCUGAAGGAUCAAGUUUUUCAUCUCAUUCGCCAGUCAUGGUGGCAACAUUUGUUCUUCGGCGUCAGAGAGCCGACCUAUUGGGAGCUUACCUACAAGGUGUUGUCAUCCAUGGUCGUGAAGAAUGCCAUCACGGUUGUCUGGAAGAAGGAGAUUGCGUUCCGGGCAUUUGGCGAGACACAUUCUUACACCAUUGCACAACUUGAGGCUGCAUUGGGAUUCCCGAGCCGCAAGGAUUGGGAUUAUAUUCGUGAGUUCCCCCGCGAUGUAGACCGUAAAGCAUUUUAUAGAACUGUCUCCAACGACGUGAAGGACUACGACCCACAGAAAUCGAGGAGCACUAAACCACAUCCGCCUGAGCCAAGGGUCAUCCACACCCUUCUCACUUGCACCAUCACGGACAGCAACGAGAUAGGCGGUCAUGUGUCUACCAUAGACCUCAAGUGCUUAUAUUGCAUGAUUCACGAUAAGAGGUCAUAUUUGGGGAUUCUGAUCGCGGGAAUCUUUAAUCGACAGAUGAAUACUCGGGUGCAGAGUAUAUUUGUCAAACCAUACAUUACCCACCUCUUGCGCAGCAUUUUAGGAUACGCGACUAAGUUCGAAGGGAUGUAGGGAAUUCGGUGCAUCGCGCCAAUGAUGAAGAUUAUUCUCACCAAGGAUGAUGAUGAUGAGGAGCAUGCUGGAGAUGCAAGAGAAGAGGCUGGAAAGACGUGGCAGCCGCAAAGGGACGAGCCUCAUGACCACAUUGCUUUAGGGUCAUAUUAUAUGUCCCUUUUCCGGGGAUACGUGUAUCCCAACACUUGGGAGCGACAUGAGCAGUUUUUCACACAGAUGCGUGAGGACAUCAAAUCGGGAUUUGCCGCAUUGGACACUAGGAUGUCCUCCCAUUGAUGAUCUAUCCCUAUUGAUACACUUUUUCAUGCUACACACAGGAUGAUGUAUUCUUUAUUGUUACAUUUGGACACUUUGUUUUGUGUUUUGUCUAUGCAGUUUGAUUUCUAGCCUGACUAAUGAUUUGUUGUUUGGAUUGCGG